AUGGCACAAGAAACACAGGAUGUUGACGAGAAAAAGUGGCUUCCCCACAUUGAACAUCUUUUCAUUGACCUCAUGGUCGAUGAACAGCAAAAGGGGAACAUGGAACAUGGUGUCUUUAAGCUCAAAGUUUGGUUAUCAAUUACGAAAACCCUAAAUGAGCAAACUGGGAAGAGUUUCACCCCUAAGCAAGUGAAAUAUAAGCAUAAUAGGCUUAGGCAAAAACAAAGAAAGUGGGGCCAGCUUUUGAGGCAUACCGGGUUGGCGUGGGAUGAGACAACCCAAACGGUGACUGCUUCUGAUGAGGUGUGGGCUAACGUGAUUGCGGCAGUUGCAUUACGGAAGAAAGGGUGUCCUAAUUAUGAGAAGCUUAAGCAACUUUUUGCCCCUAAUACUGAAACUGGUUCCCUUCAAAUUUCCUCAAAUACGCCAGCCCCAAAUAGUGAUGAAGAGCGUGUCCUGGAAGAGGAACUUGCCAAUGAGGCACGUGAGGCAUAUCGUACCCAAUUGGAUGAUGAUGAUUGGUACAAUCCCAACAUGGAGGGCGUAACCCAAGACGAUCCCAUUGUUGAUGAGCAAAACCAACGCGCGGACAAACGUCCCAUGGAAGAGCCUACUACCAAGGGGAAGAAGGUUGCCAAGAAGAAUGAUAGGGCUAGUGAGAUGACCAUGGCUCUUCAAGAGUACACUGCCUUGGCAAGGGAAAGGAGAGCUUUGGAAGUGCUGAAUCAGUAUACUGAUCUUGAUGAUGACACCUACCUUAAUGUCGCCGAGGCUCUCCAAAAGAAGGAGAAAAGAGUGUUGUUUAUGGGCAUGCCCGAGCAAAGGAGGAAGAGGUUUAUGGAGCGCCACGCUCAGCAGCCGGAUAAUUAA